GAGGGUAAUUAAGUAAUGUUCCACGGACCUACGGCUUUAAAUUCUUCUUACCGACUACUCUCCUUUUCAUUUACAGACAUAACCCUAGUUUCGAGAGAAGUUAUGGCUCCUUCACAUACACACUUCAUCGCCGCCAUUGUCUUCACCGUCAUUGUAGCCGCCACCACGGGACAUGGUCGACAUAAUAAUGGUGGUGAAGACAUCGUACACUCCUCUUGCGAACACGCGAGCUACCCAUCACUAUGCGUCCGUACACUUUCAUCUUACUCCGGCCCUACCAUCAACAACAGCCGCGAUUUAGCUCAAGCAGCCGUCAGAAUCAGCCUCUCCCACGCACAAAGCGCAGCUAAGAAGCUUGCGGCGGUGAGAGACUCGGUGGGGAAGAAGAAGAAGCUGGAGAAAGGGGCACUCGUGGACUGUGUGGAGAUGAUUGGAGACUCGGUGGACGAGCUGAGCCGUACGCUCGGCGUUUUGAAGCAUCUCCGCGUCUCAGGCGGUUCGGCUAAGGAGUUCCGGUGGCAGAUGAGCAAUGCACAGACGUGGGCUAGCGCUGCGCUUACAGAUGACGACACGUGUCUUGAUGGGUUUCAAGGUAUCGACGGUGAAAUCAAAACGGAGGUGAAGCAGUGGAUGACCAAGGUGGCGAGGGUCACGAGCAACGCGCUUUACAUGAUCAACCAGCUAGAUGAGACACGUGGCAAACCCCAUGUCGUGCAUCUUUGAUGUUAAAAUGAGCUAAAUCGUUCUAAUGAACGGUCUUUAAUUGUGUGUGUUCUCUAGUUUUUUAUUUGAGUGUCUUAAUUGCAAGAUAUAUAUAAAAUCUCUACUAUAUAUAGAAAUGAGUUUUUGAAAUUAGACAAAGUCCUUUUAAGUAGUUCUGGUAUAUUGAAUAAAUGAUUUUUAAUCUA